AUGACUUCCACGCACGGCAACGGAGAAGACCGACCACAACCUCCCCAAUCCACAUCUUCAUUCGCGGAUGGUGUCAAACCUUUGAACAUCUUCAUCGUCGGCGGCUCCCUCGCAGGCCUCUUCUGCGGCAUUCUCCUCAAACGCCAGGGCCACAACGUCCACAUCCUCGAGUCCGCUUCCUCUUCAGCCCGCGAAGGCCAGGCUGCCGGCAUUGGGCUCGCGGCGGAUAUUAAACGGUUUUUUGACCAGCAUGACCGGCUCAAGCACAUCCCGUUGGGCACGCCGGUCAAUGAGAUCCAGAUCCUGGACGCCGACUUGAAGCCGGCGACGAUCAUCAACGUGCCGUAUGAGAUGACGACUUGGGAUGCCGCCUACUACCGUCUCCGCGCUAACUUCGACGGGCUGGUGAGUCCGUACUGCCCGGACCCGCCGCCUACGGAGCCCGGGGAGGGCGAAGCAACCUACGCCACCAACAUCAAAGUCCUCAGCGUGCAACCCUCCACCACCGCCUCCACCACCCUAACCCUCUCCGCCACCGACCUCUCAACCUCUAAGCCGGUCACGUACACCGCAACCCACGUCAUCGCAGCCGACGGCGCCAACUCCACCCUCCGCUCCUCCCUGUACCCCAACCUCCAGCGCCACGAACCCGGCUACCUCAUCUGGCGCGGCGUCGUGCCCUGCGCCUCCCUCACACCCUCCCUCGUCGCCCGCAUCGCCGACAAAGCUUUACUCUACCCAAUGAACAAAUCGUACGUAAUGCUCUACACCAUCCCCGGCGCCCACGGCAGCCUCGCUCCGCAGAAACGCGCGGUCAAUUUCGCUUGGUACGAUUACCCUCCCCCCUCCGUCCCUGUCUCGUCUAUCCUCACCGAUACGGCCGGGCAUACGCACCGCACCACUUUGCCUAAAGGCGCCAUGCGCCCCGAGAUCUGGUCCGCGCAACUCGCCCGCGCGAGGGAGAUGUUCCACCCGGACCUCCUCGAGAUACCCGAGAAGUUGAAGGAACCUUUCGUUUCGGUAAUAGCGAGUCUGAUGUCGCCUGCGGCGACGGCGUAUGAGGGGCGGAUGUUUUUUGUGGGCGAUGCGUUGGUGUUGUUGCAGCCGAACAGUGGGAAGGGGACGAAUCAUGCUGCUGUGGUGAAAUGGCCUUUAAGGGACGUUUCGCCUGCUAAAGCUUUCGGACUGGUCUAG